UUUUGUUGCGGGAAUUCGGUUGCAAAUUAGCACGGCGUAAGCCGUACAGAAUGAAUUUUUGAAUGGUAGAGUGCGGUAAUCCCGCAGUUACACAUCGCCAGCCGCGGAGUGUCCUGGAGACGCCGAUGGGAGUUCCAGAACCGCGGAGACUCAGCACCGCGAGAAUAACCGGAAGGAUAUUCAAUGGGAAGCCAAGCAAACGAGGAUCCUGGCCCUGGCAAGCUUCACUGCAACUCAUGCACCCCAAAAUGGGUUUCAUCGGCCAUUGGUGCGGAGGAGUACUCGUCGAUCCCUCAUGGAUCCUCACUGCCGCUCAUUGUAUUCACAAUGAUUUAUUCAAUUUACCAAUUGGCGCGUUAUGGACGACAGUACUCGGCGAAUGGGAGUUAGAUUCCGGUAAUCGCGGGUCAGUGCGAAUCCCUGUUGAUCGAGUUGUGAUACAUGAAAAAUUUGAUAAUUAUAAUCAUGAUAUCGCCCUGAUGAAAUUAAGUAGACCAGCUCCACUUUCAAAAAUAAUCCGAACGAUCUGUCUACCCGAACCAGAAACAGAAAAGAAACUCUCAGACACAAAUUGCUUUACUUCCGGCUGGGGUCGAUCUGGACCAUCACCUUCAUUGUCUGUCGCACUCUUAGAAGCUAGUAUUCCUUUACUGACUCUAGAGGACUGCAAAAAAGCAUACGGUAAUUCGGUACCUCUGCGAAGUGGUCAUCUCUGCGCUGGGAAUACCGACGGCUCUUCUGGGUCCUGCGUGGGCGAUUCGGGUGGUCCACUACAAUGCAAACGUGCCGAUGGUGUCUGGCAGUUAGCCGGUAUCACAUCCUUUGGUUCAGGAUGUGCUAGACCAGGUUUCCCAGAUGUUUACACCAAAGUCCAACAUUACACUGAAUGGAUUAAAAAUACCAUGAGCAGUAAUGCCGACACUUGAUCAUUAUAAUUAAAUAUUUAAAUAUUUAUUUAAUGCUGUCCUUAAUAAUUUAAUAACUAAAUUAAAUAUGUAAAUAAUAGUGUACAUAAAAUAAUUUUAUAUAUGAUAAAUGUAAGAGGAAUUUAAGAAAAAAAAGUAUUAAUAAUAAUAAUAAUGAUUAAUUUAAUGGAAUAAAAAUCGAUGGGCGAUUAUGUUUACUUUCCAAUACAAUUUUCAAAGUGAAAAGUCUGCAGAUUAUAAUAUGAUAAAUAUAUAUAAAUCUAUAAAUACAUAGAUAUAUUGUGGUUGACUUGACUCUUGUCUUGAGGAUCCUAGUUUUCCAAACCGUUAAUCUUUAACAAUACUUUCACGUUUGUUCGAGUAUAUAAAUGAAAUUAUAAUAAUAAGUAGAUAUUUUAAGUAAUUGUUUAAUUAUUUAUAAUCUUUAGUAUUUAAAUAUGGUAUUUAUUUUUAUUGCGUACUUUGUGAUU